AUGCUCUACUUUUCCAGGAUAACGGGUCUAUUUGACUACGGCGCAGUUUUCCUCAUGGUUGUCACCAUCAUUGUCUUCCUGGUUCCAAUUUUUAUCCUAUUCCCACCGGUGCCUGUCGACCAUAGUGAUGCAUUACGGCAGACACACAGCAAGCUUGGCCGCCCACAGCGUGAGAGUCACUUGCGUUCGCAAUAUGAUGCCAGACAUAAGCCGCAGGCGGGAAAGACACCGACAAUCGAGAGUCUGUACAUUUAUCCCAUCAAAUCGUGCAGAGGAAUAGAGUUGGAUAGAGCCAAGGUCUUGCCCACCGGCCUGGAGCACGACCGUCUCUACAUGUUUGCUCAGUUGAAGCCCAAGUCUUCGUCCGCUGUUACAGAAUCAGGUGCACAGACAGAAUCGAGCAGCGCGUGGGAAUUCUUGACACUGAGGCAGCUGCCGCUCUUGGCCAACGUCAAAGUUGAUAUAUGGCUACCGGAUGCUGGUAAGAAGAGCAGACUUCUGGGCAGCCUGCAAGGCGGGUUUGUUGCUGUCCGUUUUCCCUGGCAAGAAAGAGGCUUCCUAGGCUUAGUACAACUUCUUGUUGCCAAGCUUAGCCGGGGUUGGAGCGCAGGUCCGGAGAAGGAAUUCAUACUCCCAUUGGAAUUCCCAUCCAAGCAGGAGAUUGAUGCAAGAGGCUAUCGGUAUGCAAAUGUCAAGGUAUGGGUGGACGCUCCCUAUGCACUUGACAUGUCCAACGAGCUGCCGGCCGAACUUGCCACGUAUCUUGGGGUGAAGCACUCGCUGGGCAUCUUUCGAUCCGACCCAUCUGCCCGCAGAAAAGUAUUCCGAACUGCUCCGCGAAAGGAAAUGUCAGGACAUGAAGCGGAGAUAGAUUUUCACGAUGCAGUAAAUUACAACGUUCCUUCCUAUCACCCCUGCUUCGCCUCAAACAAGCAAACUGACAUCAUAGUUUCCGGUACAUCUGCUCAAUCUGUCAAGUAUCCGAGCGCUAGAGUCAAAGAUUCAAAAGGACAGAUCCAUUGA